AGCCUGAGGAGGAACGGGGAAGAGGACUGUGGGAUUAGAAGGCAGAGAGCAUGGGUACUGGUCUCUGCCCCGUUCCAGCACAGAGUGCCUGAACCUGGAAAUUUCCUGCUGAGAGCACAGGAGCAUCUUUUGUUCUAAUGAGGCUCCUGUGGGGGCUGCUCACCGGAAAGACCAAGCCUGAUGAGAAGCGUGGAACUUUCAGCCCCGCCCCCAUCCUCUUGAGAAAGGAGAGGGGCUGAAAAUGGGGUUAAAUCGAUCAUGGCUGUGUGAAGAAGCCUCCACAAAAUCCCGAGCGCUGGAGGUGGGUGGAGCUGCGUCCACGCUCCUUCCCACGAAGCCCUGCCCAUCUCCCAACCUGGACCCUCAUCUGCAUCCUUCAUCCUACCCUUUUAUAAUGAACUGGUGAGCGUUAGUGAAUGUCUCCCUGAGUUCUCUGGCAAAUUAAUUUAAUCCAAGGGGCAAUGGGUCGUGGGAAGCUCACAUCUGUAGCCAAGUCGGACAGAAGUGGUGGGUGACCUGGGGACCUGCUCCUUGCCAUUGGCGUCUGAAGUUGGGGGCAGUCUGUGGGACUGAGCCCCUAAGCAUCUCCAGAUAUUAUCAGAAUUGAGUUAACCUGUCAGACACGCCGCUAGUGUCACCGAAUUGCCUGGCGUGGGACACCCCCCCACACACACACACUUUUGGCGACCAGUAAAGGAGACUCACAGGAGAGACAUAGGAGGGAAACCUGGGUUUUCCCAACACACAGAGGCAGCGAGGAGAGACCCCAGACCAGGCUUGCCCACCCAGGGUGGCCGAGAACAUCACCCGACCUCGCUCUUCCGGGGUGACUCGGCCUCCUCCACUCGAAGCCUCGGCUGUCGUGGUCCCCACCUGCCCAGUCUCAAUCCCCUGGACCCUCCUCAGAGGCCACCCUCCUCUCCACUCUAGGUCCUUCUUAAGAUGUGUUGCUGUCAGAAAUGAUCCUAUUUACCUGUUAGUUUCAAUGUUUGCUGUCCAACCCCCCUACUCCCUCCUCUGUCCCCAGCGGGAGGGGUGUGUGUCACAAUGACCAGGCUGGGGAUAGGCAACACCAGCCUCGAGGGCAGGAUGGCUCUGAGCAGGGCCUUUGGGGCCCAACUCUGCCACUUACUAGCUGUGUGGCUAUGGACAACUCACUCACCCUCUCUGUGCCUUACCAAGCCCAACUGUGAAGGAGGAUCCUCCUGGCAUCCCUCUCAGGAUGGACACAUUUUGGAAAAGUGCUCAGGGCACUGGGCAGGGUGAUGCCUGUAAGGGGCUGUUCUCAGAGGCCAUGCCUCCUGCCCGGCUCCUCCUGGUGACCUGCAGGUGGCAGCACCAGACCCCUGUUCCUGGAGAGAGAGACUGCACUGCCACCCCCGCCUUGGGCCCCGCUUGCAGGAGCCUAGGUCGGGAGAGGUGCUGGUCUUGGGGGGCUGCCGGCAGGUGAGGUGACAGGAGGAGUGGGGAGGGCUGAGUUUUCACAGUGGGCGGGGCCACUUGAAGAGGAAAGGGCAGCCUUUGGCCAGGACGGGCAGCAGGGUAGCCUUCAGCUUAGGAAAGGGAGGGCCUGUGGGCCUGACUGCUGGUCAGCGUUCUCUAACUGGCAUCUGCCCUGACCAGGAAGGCGUCCCUCACGUAGCUGGCAGCCCCUCAAAUGCCAUCUAUUUGUGGCCUGUACCCUGCCGCCUGGCAGGAGACAUGUGACUGCGGAGCUGUGGUAUUUUGGGCAAUGGGGGUGGGGCCUGCGUGGCGAGCCCUGCACCAUGCUGCUCUGGGACAGGCAGCUUGGAUGCCCAGCUCCGCUGCCCCGGCUGGCUGUGGGGUCCCAGGUACAGUACUGUCAGCCCCUCAUUCCCACCCUAAGGGGUCCCAAGGCAGACAGCCCCCACUGGGACCUCCCCUAGGACCAGAGGGGAGGACGAGGUGCAGCGGGGUCAGGAAGCCGCAGUGCCCUGGUCUCAAGGCACCUCCAUCUCAGGACUUGCCUGGCCAGAGUGACCUCCCACCGCCCUGGGUCCAGUGGCAGCUGACCAAGGCCCAAAGGGCAGCCCCCUGCAGGGGGCUGAGAGGUUAGGGGGUGUCAGCCAGGUAGGGUUGCCUUAGUUCACUGAGACGCGGGGAGGGGACCUCUGCCGGCUGGGCAGAUCUGGUCAGGGGCACAGACACUGAGGAUGGCCCCGGGGGGGCUAGUGGGAAUCAGGAGGCUCAUUUCUGUUGUGGGACCUCCUGCCCAGGCAGGGGCAGAGCCAGGCUCGCCCUGAUGACCCCUGAGAGGGCUCUGGCCAGCACCAGCUUGACCUUGGUAAGCUCAGAGGAAGCCCAGCAGUCUGUCCCAGCCAAGGCCGGUGGAAGGUCAUCACCAAAGACUGGUCACCUGCUGGACACUGCGGCUCCUCUGAGGCAUGUUGGGAUAGUCCGGCGCUGACUGUCGCCCAGGAAAGCUGGAGGCUGACCCAGCUGGACAGAAAAUGCAUAACGUUGUGGAGGAAAGCUCCUCCUGGGGAUGAAAACUCAAACAUGAGGAACCCUAUUCUUUAGUGAACUUCACUAACCUGAAUGCAGGACUGCAGCAAUACGUCACUGUAACGUUAUCAUUUGCAGUCAGUUUGGGAGCACGGAAGGUGGGUUUCGGAUGUUCUAGCUCCAGGAAGCCAUCAGGUUUGAGAUCAGCACAGCUUCCCUCUGGAUUCUGUUUGUUCUGCUUUCUUUCAGGACGGAGAUGGAGUGCUGGCCCCUGAGCCAGGGAGCAGCCAGGGGGCAGGUGGGGUGUGGGCAGUGUGUGCCGGCCAGGGCCCCGGGCCUGGGCCCAUGAAGAGCCUGGUCUGUGGUUCACGUGCCUCUGCUGACCCAGAAUGGAGAGCUUCCAGUGCAGCGUCCAGCUGAGCGGCCAGGACCGGGCUGAGUUUUCAGCCGCUGCCGCAGAGUGUGGCCUCCCGCGGGCCGGCCUGGCCUCUGGGCAUGAGCUCUUGUCCAGUGACACUGACCAAAGGGACAGCAGUGGCAGCAGCCCCCCAGGGCCCCUGCCCCUUCCUGAGGGGCAGCUGGCUCCCAGGGGGAGUGACCGGCCUGGCUCUGAGCGGGAGAAGGUACCCGCCCGGCAGCUGGUCAGCAGGUCUUGGUGUGAGCCCGUGCUGGCCCCGGAGGCCAGUCAGCAGACGCCCAGCGUGUCCGUGCGGCCGGAAGUUCAGCCGUCCCUCAGCCCUGGUGCUGCCCCUCUGGUCCAGGGCUCAUCCCUCCCGGGGCCAGUGUCUUCCAGAGGCGAGAGGGAGAGGCUUCUGCAGGGGGCAGCCCCCCGGGGUCUUGCCCCUACUCUCACGGGUGAGCCCGCUCGGAGCCCCGAUUCCACCGGCUGCAGCGCUGCCCCCCAGAGGCCCCCUGGCAGCCCUGGAGCCCCGCUGCGCAGCCCCAGCCAAAAGAAGAGGCGGGCUGCAGGCACCAAGGCGGGUGGGCGCUUGGGUGACCCAGGCCCUGCUCCCACCCAGCUGGGCUCCCUACUGCUCACUGAGGCCGGGGCCGAGGACGGCCUUGGCCUGGCUGGGUCCAGGGGGAAGGGCCUCCGGGUGGGGACCACAGGGCAGACAGCAGGAGCUGGGCAGAUCGAGCUGGGGCCAGAGUCUCCAGAAGCCCCUGAGCAGGCGGCCAGGCGAGGGCCAGGUGUGGACCUGUCUGCAUCUGUCCCUACCACUGAGCAGGGCACAGACCUAAUCGGAAUGGCCCUCGGAGCUGAGCCACGCACUAUAUCCACGCUUGGCCUGGAGGCUUCUGCAGGUGUCACAACGGCUAAGCCAGACGUGGCCUUGUCCACACCCACCUCCGAGCCUCAACCCGAUGAGCCUCCGUCUACACCUGCCUCCGAGCCUAGACUGGAUGUGGACCUGCUUGUGCCAGGUCCAGGGGUCCAGCUGGACGUGGGUUCAUCUACGCCUGUCUUGAAGGCUAUUCCCCGUACAGCUCUGCCUCACCUGGUUUCUGAGGCUGGGUCUGAUGUGGGUGUGUCUACAGCUGCUCCCAUCCCCGAGGCUGGGCCUGACGUGGCGGAGCUGGAGGUUGCCCCAGUGGCCAAGCUGGGUUUGAGCCCUAUUCGGUCUCCAGAGGGGGGCCGACAGAAGCUCAGAGGGGAGCCCUCAGCAGGUGCCCCUGGACACCGCACUGGGGAGCCCCCGCUAGGCCCUAUCCAAGCCCCCAAGAAGAAGAAAGUGCGAUUCUCCAUGGCUGUGCCCAGCCCCGAGGAGCCAGGGUCAGGAGAGGCCUCAGGCCCAGCCUUCCCAGCCACAGCCCCCAGGACAGCAGCUGGGGGCCGCAGGGCAUCUGGAGCCUGGGACACUGUGGCAGUUGGGCCCCGGACCCCCCAGCCUCGGAUCCCGAAGCACCUGCCUCCCCCUGCCCCCUCUGCCUCAGCGGGGCCUGGGCGCAGCUGCUCCUUUGCGGUGACCCUCCCAGAAGCCUAUGAGUUCUUCCUUUGUGACACCAUCGAGGAAGAGGAUGAAGACGUUGAGGAGGAAGCAGAGGCUAGCCAGGCUCUGGCCGAAGUCCAGUGGCCGGACAUGUGCGAGUUCUUCUUCCAAGAUGGCCAAACCCAGAGGUCGAGGCACCAGGAAGGCCACUCCCAGGCCCCACCCCUCCAGGCUGAGCCUGUGCCGGCCCCUCCACCAGGAGAUCCCACACCCAUCUCCAUCCCCGAGGCCUACGAACACUUCCUCGGGGAGGACGUGUCAGGGGGCAUGCUGGGGCCGGCUGUGCUUCUCCAGAUGCAGGCCACGGAGCCCCCCAGGUCAGUCCCCUGGGACGUGGGGACCGGCACCCCACCAGGGCCCAGCCCAGCCUCAGCGAAGCAGCUUGCCCCGGCCAUCAGGCAAGCAGGCCCAGGUAACAGCAGUGCCUGCCCCCAGCCUGUAGCAGGCAGGCGUUGGGGCAGCUCCAGCUCAGGCCAUGCCGCCUGCCAGAGCAGGCUCGCAUUCCCCCUGGACGGUACUUUACAAACCAGGAAACGGUGCCCCAGACGUACUCGCCCAAGUCAGCCUGACUCAGCUAUGCCACACGCUAUCCUGUGUCACGGGGAGGAUGUGACUCAAGACAGACGUGUCUCGGGACAGACAUGGCCAGGAGAGACAUGUCCCAGGGCAGCCUUCGCUACCUGGGCUGUGAGAACAUCAGACCUGCAUGCCCCAGAUGCCUGGAAAACAGGUUUGUGGGCCCGGGGGGCGGGGGUCUGGUGUCUAGAAGCCAAAGGGAGGGGCAGUGGUAGUGUCCCAGCUGCUGGGCCAGCAGGGGUGAGGGGCACAUGGGGAGGCGCAGGUGUCUCUCCUGACGGGUCUCCUGCGUUGCUGACCCACUCUCGCCCCGCUGGCCUCCUCCCAUCCUUUGAGAACCCCGCCGUGUGGAUGGAGGGUGGGGACCGGGCCGGAAUGGAGCCGGCACUCAGGAGGUCUUGUACUUCUCUUGCAGUUCUGCUGGCCAACAUCGGCACCAUCUCCGCCAUCCGGUACUUCCGCUGGCAGGUGGGGCGGGGCCGCCGCAGCCCCAGCUCCUAAGACCCAGGCUCCGCCCAGGAAGACGCAGGAUGAGGAAAUGUCCACAGGUGCUCAGGAUGAGGUGCUGCCCUCAGGCCUCACCCUUUGACCCUUGCGUUCUGCGGCGUCUAGGAAGGAGCCUGCGUCCUUGGUCCUGGCUCUCUUGGACUCCACCCGAGGGUCCAGCCAGUGGCCGAGGCCGAGGCUGUGUUCCACACUUGGGAGUGGGGAGAUUCUGGAAGGCUGGGAGGGUAGGCCAAGCAGGGAGCUGGGCGUUAGUAAGGUGCCAGAUUAGCAACAAAAAACACAAGGUGUCCAUCGAAACUGGAGUAGUUUGAGACCUACUUAUGCUAAGGAAUUAUUUGUGGUUUAUCUGAAGCCAGAGUUAACUGGAGUCCUAAUCCUAUGUGGUUAUCCUGUUGGAGGGAGGGGCAUGAUGGGGCUUCAGAGCAGCAGCGAGGCCCCAGCUGGAGAUCUGGGCAGAGGGCCUUGAGGCUGGGGGCUGGCGUCCCAGGGACCCUCUGCCCUGUUUAUAAGUGGGCUGGGCCGCUGGAGGCCUCUGAGGCCUCUCUAACCCCUGAACCCCAGGGGUCUGUGGUCAGGGCCUCCUCGGCUCCCGCCCGAGAUGCUGAGCAGGUACCCAGAGGGGCCCUGCAGGCUGGGGGUCUGUAGGGCAGAGCCUGGAGCCCCUCCUCUGGGGAGCCCUGGAGGAGGUGCAGAGGCAGAAGGCAAGGGUAUCAGGUGGAGGGACGGGACACCUGGGUUCGCCCAGAGCUGACAGGAGCCGGAGGUGACACAGGAAGGUGGACAGGGUGCGGGCAGUAGUGGAGCAAGGGGGCUGCCAGACUAGGCGCUGGGGGGGCGUCCAGCUACGAGGCAGCACAUACAGGGUCCCCAGGACGCAGGAGACUCCUGCUGCUCAGGACAGAACGCAUGGACACAUGGCACCAAUAAAAUCUCUUUCUUUCUUGUUUA